UGGGGUUAAGCAAUAAUUUUUUACUUAUUUAGAUGCCAGAGAAGGGUCACACAAUUCAUACAACAUACAGUCAACCCGAUACCUCUCCUUACUCAGUAGCCGUUUGCAGGUAAGGCUCAUGACGUGGUCACCAGUCGCUGUGUGGCCAAGCUGAUGGUCCUAUGUCUGCUGGUGCAACCAAAUGAACAAGGGUCUUUGGAAGCUGGGGAAGCAGCUUCUUAGCCUAGCCACACGUGCUUUAAGUCUCUAGCACCACCUGCAACAUCCCGGUUAGUAGCAAUGACAGCUGGUUUCUGAGUCUCUAUAUAUACUAACUUGUUUUAAGGUUACAUCACCAUUGACCAAUCAGGUUCAGGUUGACAUUAGAGUACUUCUUAUCUUACUCAUACAUAUGUCUCUGUCUUAUCACACUAUGCAGGCACACUAUGGUUGUUAUGGUUACUAUUGUUAAAUGUUCACUACAAGGGUGCAGUAGGUAAAGUUUUGGACUCUCAAGUAUGGGGUCUCAGGUUUAGUCUCAGCAUCUCAUAUAGCAGAAUAAUGCUCUGGUUCUCCCACAAUCAGUUUGUUAAUUAAUUUUUUUUGUUAAAUUGGAAGACAGUAGAGAGGGGACUUGGAGAGAGAGGUGUCCUGGGAAGGCCCUCAAAUCUGUUUGGGAAUAUCUUUGUCUUUAAAACAGCACAGGCUUUUAGUGGCAAGCAGUUAAUACAGAAGCUUCUGUGUGUCCCUUUCUCAAAACAAUGAGGUUUUAAUGUCCUUAGCUUUAGAAAGUAUUAGAAAAUAUCCAGGGAAGUCUUUGUAGCUUGUUAAAUCCAUACAGCCACUGAUAGUCCCCCCCCCCCCCCCAGGGGAUGAGCUGACAAUGUAUCAAUACUGGCCUUGAAUCCAGCAGUCACUAGACAGAAAUUCAGCCUUCCUGGGGGAGGUACCCACCAGUCAGCCAGCUCAGUGCUACUUGGAGCAGGGACGCCACUGGGCUGGGAAAAGGGGUGGGCAUGACCUUUGCUUGGACAUAAAUCAGGAAAGUGAGGGCCUGGAAAUAGCUCCUUAGGACAGUGCGCUGCUUUGCCAUGUGCACAACCCAGGUUCCAGACUGGGCCCCACUGUAUUGGAGGAAACUUUGGUGCUGUGAUCUCUCUGUCUCUCUGCCUCUCUGUCUCUAUCUGAAAGGAAGAAAGAAAGGAAGGAAGAAAGAAAGAAAGAAAGAAAGAAAGAAAGAAAGAAAGAAAGAAAGAAAGAAAGAAAGAAGUGAAGAGAAAAGAGAAGGGCCUUCUGAAGUCCUGUCCAGGCUUACAGCUCCACUCUGUUGGAGUUCCUAAGUGGAAGUGCACCAUUAGACCCAGAUAGCAAGCACCUGCACUGCAGCUGGUCCUACCGGUGGGGGCUGAGCCUGGGUCUGUGAGUCUGGGGUCCUAUCAACACCCCCUCUGCCAGCUCUUGCUCAGGGAAGCCGCACACCCCCUACUCUUUUGGCCGCACUGCCCCCCCCCCCCCAGCGCCCCACCACAACCCCUCUCGCUCAGGUCCGACGGUUGGCGGGCGGGGCACCUGCUCUUCCACGCCGUUCAGGGCGGGUGGGGCGGUCGGGGACCGGCAGCCAAGCCUCGCAGCCCACAGCCCGGGCCGCGGUCAUGGAGCCGCCCGCUGCAAACACCGAACCCUCCCCGGCGGUCCCCCACCACGCUCUCCAGCCCAGCCUGCGGGACCUGCGGGGAGCGCUGCCCCCCGACGUGAGGCGGGAGGCAGCCCAGUUAGUGGCGCUCGCGGGCCCGGUGUUCUUCGCGCAGCUGCUCAUCUUCCUCAUCGGCGUGGUGAGCUCCAUAUUCUGCGGCCACCUGGGCAAAGUGGCGCUGGACGCCGUGUCGCUGGCUGUGCUGAUGGUGAAUGUCACUGGCAUUUCAGUUGGCACUGGCUUGGCCUCUGCUUGUGACACACUCAUGUCCCAGUCCUUUGGAGGCAAGAACCUGAAGCGUGUGGGCGUCAUCCUGCAGAGGGGCAUCCUCAUCCUGCUGCUGUGCUGUUGCCCUUGCUGGGCCCUCUUCCUCAACACCGAGAACCUUCUGCUGCUCCUGCGGCAAGACCCCACCGUCUCCAGGCUAGCCCAGAGCUACGUGAUGGUCUUCAUCCCUGCUCUGCCCGUGGUGUUCCUGUUCCAGUUGCAGACAAGAUAUUUACAAAGCCAGGGCAUCAUCAUGCCUCAGGUGAUUACUGGGAUCAUUGCGAAUGUCAUCAACGUGGGCAUGAACGUGCUGCUGAUGUAUGUCCUGGACCUGGGACUGCUAGGAUCUGCCUGGGCCAACACCACCUCCCAGUUCUUCCUGUGUGCGCUUCUGUUCCUCUACAUUUGGUGGAAGAAAAUCCAUGUCAGCACCUGGGGAGGAUGGACCAGGGCCUGCCUGCAAGAGUGGGGCUCCUUCAUCCAUCUGGCUGUGCCCAGCAUGUUCAUGGUGUGCAUCGAGUGGUGGACCUUCGAGCUCGGGACCAUACUUGCAGGGCUGAUCAGCGUGACGGAGCUGGGGGCGCAGGCCAUUGUCUACGGGCUUUCCUCUGCAGCCUACAUGGUGCCUUUUGGCUUCAGUGUGGCGGCCAGUGUCCGUGUGGGCAAUGCCUUGGGAUCCGGGGACGCGGCGCGGGCUCGACACUCCUGCAUCACUGUGCUCCUGUGUGCCAGUGUUUGUGGACUAGUAGUGGGUGUUUUCCUGGCUGCUUUGAAGGAUGUGGUUGCCUACAUAUUCACCAGCGACAAAGACAUCAUCUCCCUGGUCAGUCGUGUGGUGCCCAUCUUCGCCCCCUUCCACCUGUUUGAUGCACUUGCAGGAACCUGCAGUGGAGUCCUGAGAGGCACAGGAAAGCAAAUGGUUGGUGCUGCCUUGAGCGCAGUUGGAUAUUAUGCUUUAGGCCUUCCUCUUGGAAUCUCUCUGAUGUUUGCUGCAAAACUUGGAAUCAUAGGUCUCUGGUCUGGACUGAUCGUCUGUGUAUUCUUUCAAGCCCUCUUCUACCUGGUGUACCUCUGCAGGAUAGACUGGAAUAAAGUCACAGAGCAGGCACAGGUGAGAGCUGGGCUCAGAGGGGGUGAGCAGAUGGAACUUGCCCCAACAGAUGGCCCUAUCCUGGAGAAAGAAGUCACUGACGGAGUGAUCUUACCUGAUAUCAUUGCACCUGAGAGUCAAACCACCCAGCUGAUGGUGAUAGAAGAAGAUGGGCAGCCCGGAGUGGCCACUGCAGGGUGCAUCUUGACAGUAAGACAGCUGGCUCUAUACCGCGGACUGGCGUUGGCUGCAGCUCUGGCCACACUUGUAGCUGGGAUCUUCAUAAGAGUCUUCAGCAACCAGGGCUGAAGCCAGAGAGCCACCAUGAGUCUCCCAACAGGGAACAGUGUGGCAUGUGGCCUUGUCGUGUGGACAGUGAUUACUCUCUUGGCCUCAGCUGGAGAAGACCUCAUCAGUGCUUUCAUCAGUGCCCCAAGAGUCCAUACUGUCCUAUCAGAGAUCAAGAAAGGGGAUUGAAUCUUUAGGAGGCUUUUCUCCCAAGUGGUGACUCACUUCAUGGCUUUCAAAUCUGUAAAUUCUGUUUUCGACACAAUGAGUGUUCUUUCUUCUUUCUUACAGUGAAGACUUCUCUUCCUGCAACACAUUGUCCCAUGAAACUAACAGUGGGCUGAGUUUUGUUCACAGAUCUCCGUUCAUAUAUGUCAUUGUGGAAGUGAGCAUCUGUUAAGUGUUUGCUCAGGUUCUUUGAGCCAUAUCAGACUGUUGGCUUGUUCACCUGCUUGCCAGUCUUAGAGAACUGAGGCUUUGUGUAUGCACAGUUUUACCACUCUGGGCUGCUUUUCCAUUCAAAUAGAGAGAAAGAGAAACAGACAGGAGAGAGAGAGAGACAUCACAACACCAAAUGUUGGUUCCCUGUUAUGGUUGACAUUUAAUUCCACCAGAUGUCACGUUCCAUUUCUGUCACAUUGUGCUUAUCUGUUGAUAGCUGUCUCAAUCCUUGGUUCUUAGGCAGAAUGCUGCUCUGAAUGUUAAAGGACAAGUUUUUGUUUGAACAUUUGAUUUUGACCCUCAUAAGGUCAUACCUAAGGAGAAUUGCUGUAUCAUAUGAGAACUCUCUCUAGCUUUUUGAGGGACUGACAUCUGGCUGUGGGUGUACUAUUUCUGCAUCACUGUGUGACGGGAGGAGGGUCUGUUGUCUUGUAAGUCACUGCACCAUCUCAGUAGGAGUGGGGCAUUCCAAAAAAAUUUUUAUUGGAGUUUUUCUAAUGUGCUUAAGCUACUGGAACUUGACUGGAUAUAUGGUUUACAAGUAUUUUUCCUUUAUUAUAUAGGGAGUAUCCUCUGUUGCACAAAGGAUUUUUAAUUUUUUUUUUUUUUUACCAGAGCACUGCUCAGCUCUGGCUUAUGGUGGUAUAGGGGAUUGAAUCUGAGACUUUGGAGCCUCAUGCAUGAGAGUCUGUUUGCAUAGCAAUUAUGCUAUCUCCCCCACCCAUGGAUUUUUAAUUUUUAUAAAGUCCAGCUUACCAGUUUUUCCUUUUUGUUGUUUUUGGUUUUGUUGUCAUAUCUAAGAAUCCAUUGCCACAGUCUGGGAGGUGACACAAUGGUAAGGUGUUGGACUUUCAGGCACGAGGUCCUGAUUUUAAUUCUCAGCUUCAUGUGUGCCAAAGUUCUCUCUCUCUCCUCCUCUGCCAUAAAUAAAUGACUCUUAGAAAAUUU